AUGUCCGCCUUCACCGUCGCCGCCGUGGCUCCGCGCGCCGUCGCCGCGCCCAGGAGGCCCUUCGUCGCGGCCAAGUCCCGCCGCGCCGCCGCCCCCGUGCGUCGCGCCGUCCUCGAGUCGGCGCCCGUCUCCUCGGGCAAGGACUUCGAGCCCGAGCCCGACCUGGAGCUCUCCGACCUCACCGCCAUCUCCCCCAUCGACGGCCGCUACGGCGCCAAGAUCAAGAUCCUCCGCGCGUGCUUCUCCGAGUACGCCCUCGUCCGCGCGCGCGUGAUCGUCGAGGUCCGAUGGCUCCAGAAGCUCGCCUCCAUCCCGCAGAUCACCGAGGUGCCCCCGCUCUCCGACGACGCCAACGCCUUCCUCGAAAAGUUCCUCGCCGACUUCUCCCCCGCGGACGCCGCCGAGGUCAAGAAGGUGGAGCGCACCACCAACCACGACGUCAAGGCGGUCGAGUACGUCAUCAAGGACAGGCUCGUCCAGCAUCCCGAGCUCAAGUCCAUCAUGGAGUUUACGCACUUUGCGUGCACCUCUGAGGACAUCAACAACCUCUCCCACGCCCUCAUGCUCCGCUCGGGCGUCGACGUCGUCCUCCCGUUCAUGGACGAGAUCAUCGACGUCAUCGUCGGCAAGGCCACCGAGGAGGCGGAGACGCCCAUGAUGUCCCGCACACACGGCCAGCCCGCGUCGCCGACCACGCUCGGGAAGGAGUUCGCAAACGUGGCCUACAGGCUCGCGAGGCAGCGCGCGCAGAUGCGCACGGUGCCCCUGUACGGCAAGAUGGCGGGCGCAGUGGGCAACUACAACGCGCACAUGUCCGCGUACCCCGACGUGGACUGGCAGUGCGUCGCUGAGGAGUUUGUCACGUCGCUCGGUUUGACGUUUCAGCCUUACGUGACCCAGAUCGAGCCGCACGACUACAUGGCGGAGCUCUUCAACUGCGUCCAGAGGUUCAACACCAUCGUCCUGGACCUCGACCGCGACAUCUGGAGCUACAUCUCCAUCGGAUACUUCAAGCAGAAGACGGUCGCGGGGGAGGUUGGCUCGUCGACGAUGCCCCACAAGGUGAACCCGAUCGACUUUGAAAACUCCGAGGGGAACAUCGGGAUGGCCAACGCCAUGUUCGAGCACCUGAGCGCCAAGCUUCCGGUGUCCAGGUGGCAGCGCGAUCUCACCGAUUCCACGGUGCUCCGCAACAUGGGCGUCGGGUUCGGCUACUCGCUCAUCGCGUACCAGUCCACGCUCAAGGGACUGGGCAAGCUCGAGACCAACGCUGCCGCGAUGGCUGCCGACCUGGACUGCAACUGGGAGGUUCUCGCCGAGCCCAUCCAGACCGUGAUGCGAAGGCACGACAUCGAGAAGCCGUACGAGAAGCUCAAGGAGCUUACCCGCGGCAGGCGCGUGGACAGGGACGGCAUGAGGGAGUUUGUGGAGAAGCUCGAGAUGCCGGAGGAGUCGAAGCAGCGUUUGAUGGAUAUGACGCCGGCAACGUACAUCGGCAACGCCACCGCGCAGGCGCUGGACAUCGUAGCCAAGAUCAAGGCUCUCUAA